AUGUCGCAAGCCUCCAUCGCCUCCACCUCAAACAACCGAAUCAUGUGCUACUGUGGGCUCCCGAGUCGGAUUCGAGUCUCCACGGCACCACAAAAUCCGGGGAAAAGGUUCAGAACGUGCCCUAAUUCGUUGAGAGCAGGAAGAAAGUGUGGAUUUUGGGAAUGGGUUGUUGAAGAUCCGGUCACUGAGGAGCUUUUGGGUCUUAGUCAUGAGCUGAAUGAAAUGAAGAAGAAGAUGAAAUGGCAUAAAGUAGCUUUGAUUGUCUUGUUUGUAUUGUACUUUGUUAAGUUAUAUUGA